ACUACUUCUUCUUUCUCCAUUUUCACGUCACUCUUUGCUCUCUGCGUUCUUGUUCUGUUUCUAAACCUCGUCGGUCACUGUUUGGCGCACUCCGAAUGCUUGGCUGAGGUAGUCAUCCACCAAAGCCAAAGCCGAUCCAGCAUCCACUUCAGCCUCUCCCAUUGUGCACUCACUUUCCCACCCAAUUCCGACUCGGCAUUAUACAUCCGCCGACUACCACAGAAGACAUAAUCUAGCAUUGGCGUUCUCAUUCACGAGGGAGCAACCAGCUCCUCAGCUAUUGUCAAUAUGAUCUCUGAUAAAUAUGUCGGCCUUAUUUUGGCUAUCGUGUCAACGAUGGCAAUUGGCACAAGUUUCGUCAUCACCAAGAAGGGUCUAAUGCAAGCUUCGGAAAGGCAUGGAUUUGAAGGAGAAGGGUUUUCAUAUUUGAAGAGUCCCAUAUGGUGGGGUGGAGUUAUCACCUUGGCGAUGGGCGAAAUCGCAAAUUUCGCGGCUUAUGCUUUCGCGCCUGCCAUCCUGGUUACGCCCUUGGGUGCGCUGAGUGUCCUGAUUGGUGCUGUCCUUGGUUCCUAUUUCCUUAAAGAAAGAUUGGGUGUUUUGGGCAAGUUGGGGUGUGCCAUGUGUCUGCUUGGCUCAGUGGUAAUUGUUCUCCAUGCGCCGCCAGACAAACCAGUCGAGCGGAUCGACGAGAUCUUGAGCUAUGCGCUGCAACCAGGCUUUCUCAUUUACUGUCUCGCUGUCGCAAUCUUCUCCACCGUUAUGAUUUACCGCGUUGCGCCCGUCUACGGCAAGAAGAACCCAUUGAUUUACAUCUCGAUCUGUUCAACCGUCGGCUCGGUUUCAGUCAUGUCUGUCAAGGCAUUCGGCAUCGCUGUGAAGCUCACAUUAGGAGGGAACAACCAGUUUACCCAGGCAUCGACAUAUGUGUUCAUGAUUGUCACGGGCUUCUGUAUCUUGACCCAGUUGAACUACUUCAACAAGGCGCUCAAUCAAUUUUCCACGUCGAUUGUCAACCCGCUGUACUAUGUCACGUUCACGACCGCUACGCUGUGUGCCUCGUUCAUUCUAUUCAAGGGAUUCAAUACCAGCGAUGCUGUGAACACCAUUUCCUUGCUUUGCGGCUUCCUGACUAUCUUUGCCGGCGUGUACCUCUUGAACAUUUCUCGACAUGACCCAGACGGACGGCAGAUGCUCAAUUACAAGCUCGACGACGAAGGAGUUCCCACGGAUGGAAUUGCUGGCUUUCAAACGCGACGGUCAAUGCAAUCUCGGCGCAGUAACGAGCCGCACCGCCGGAGUUCUUCGAGUUUUGCAUACAUGAAUGGCAAUGCAGACCGCGAAGGACUGAUCCGCGCGUACGACGUUGAGAACCAGGCUUUCGGUUUAUCCGAAAUGAACGAAGAGAGCGACGGAGAGCCAGGUCCUACUUAUGCACGAAGUGAGGAGCUCAACCGUACCUCACAGCGACCCAAUAAGCACGACGCGCUAUAGUAUGAUACGAAUGCUUGCAGUUGAUCAUUCCAUCUGUUCCUUUUGGCUGUCUAUGUUUUUUUAAAGAUUCUCCCCCUUGCUUGCUACCUUCUACUUAUGACCAAAAUUAUUUCAGUUACGCUUAUAUCCUCUUUUCCCUUGCUAUCCCCCUUGGUUUGCCAUACCUCUUCCACCCUCUCCACCUCUUCUUCCUUUUCAUGAACGGUUGCGACUGUUUUUGGAUGCCUUGUACUUUUACUUGACUCCCAC